GGUGAUAAAUGGUUAGUUAGUCAACACGGUCAAAUUGAAUAUAGCACAACAAAGACGCCGUAUACUGUACUUACAUGAGCAUAUAUCUACAACAGCAUGUGUAGGAAGAUUAAGUGUUUGUAAGGACGCAGGAGUGGAGAAACACUUGUGAUCUAGCUGGCGGUCUCGGGUAUCUAUAUAGUUGGAUCAGCGUUGUAGCGCAUAGCAGACUCUCACGCUAAGCGAAGGCGUUAGGAAAAUGGAUGUCACAGCUGCUACGGUGACCGAUGGGACUGCAACUGACAACAUCAAUGACACGAAAGAAGAAAACACAAACGAUACACAAGAAGAGGAUAUUAGCAACACGAAAAAAGGCAAUGACACGAAAGAAGAGUACAUCAACGACACACAAGACGAUGACACGUGUGAGCUACAGGCCCUCCGCAGAAAAAAUCCAGAGGUAACUCGUGUGAAGUUCGCCUACGAAUUGUACGGCAAGGUGUAUUGUGUUUAUUGA